UUUUAGUCGCGGUUCGAUGUUUAGGUCAGAGACAACCUUCUGUUUCCUGUCUCUGUUUAGUCAUAUUUUUGUGAGACAUGUAUGUCAAUAUAAUUGGACAGAUUACUGCUCAUGUUGGGUCGUAGAUUAAAAGUAAUAAAUGGGGGCGACGUAUGCCUAAAAAAUAAAACGCUUUCUAGUGCGUAGCUGUGAUAAAUAGUGCCAGUAGAAUUUUAACUAAUAUAUUAAAAAUGGAAAGUAACUCUAACAUGAACGAAUCCGGUAUCGAUCUCGGAUUUGAUUCAACUUUUUUGAAUUCGGACGACUUAAUUCGCACAAUUGACGAUCUUCUAAGCACCCCUACAAAUCAAGAAUUUUACGAACUUACGUCCAAGACAUUACCAGAAACUGAAAGUCCUCCUAAUUUAAAAACCGCAACGCCAUUAUCACGUACACAACUUAAGCAGCAGUUAAUGCGCGAACAAGCGUUACAAGAACAAGAACGACGCGAAGCAAUAGAAAAAGCACAGAGAGCCUCACAAGAAGCCCAAAAACCAAUUCAAACUGCGACACGAUUGCCAUACAGUAUUGCUGUUGACGUCCCCCCUCAAGUUCUACAGGUCAAAACCAAAUUGGAGAACCCUACGCGCUACCAUGUUAUGCAAAAACAGAAAAGCCAAGUUCAGCAGUACCUAAGCACCAAUUUACCACGAGUACAAGAAAACCUGUGUCAAUCUCAAACUCAAAGUGCCCCAGGCUUCACAAAUCCAUUCGUAAAUGGAACAUCAACCGUGUUGCCCACACCUUCGGCACCACCUUACGGUUACACUCAACAAGUGUACGCUUCCGGACCUGCGAUUAGUCCAAACUGUGAUGCUCCAGCACUGUCACCUGCACUUAGUUCCGGCGCAAGCACAUCUGGGGCCGAAGAUCUGAUAGAUGACUUGUUAUCGUUUGAAUCGAGUUCGUUAGCUUCAGAUGGUUUCAAAACGUCCGAUAAUUCGUUAACAGCGACUGAAAUUAGUAUAAAGAAUGAACCAAAUUUUCUCAGUGACGCCGAAAUUCACGCACUCGCAAAGGAUCGCCAAAAGAAGGAUAAUCACAAUAUGAUUGAACGUCGACGAAGGUUUAACAUAAAUGACAGAAUAAAAGAGCUGGGUAGUUUACUUCCGAAAACAAAUGACCCUUAUUUUGAAAUCGUACGAGACGUUAGGCCCAACAAAGGAACGAUCCUUAAAUCUUCCGUAGAAUACAUCAAAUGUUUAAAAAAUGAAGUUCAAAGAUUAAAACAAAAUGAAGCGAAACAGAAACAAAUCGAACAUGUAAAUAGAAGACUACAACUCCGAAUACAGGAAUUAGAAAGACAAGCCAAAACUCAUGGACUCCCGGUUUCGGAUUUCAGCUGGCAAACAUUAUCUCCUAACCCAUACAGUGUAUAUGGAAAAAAUCAAAAUCAACCUAUUACUGCCAAUAUAAUGCCAUCACUACUUUUACCUGAAAGAAGAAAGAUGCCAGAUGUUAUAACGGAUGCCGCAUUGAGUAUCUCAGCGAUGGAAGAAUUGAUGGAUGACGAAGAACCAGUAAACAGAGUCAAUGGAGAUCCGAUGCUUUCAUCACCUCACGCACUGACCGCUGACCCUUUAUUAUCUUCACCUGCCCAUCCCAGUUCUGUGAUAGAUCCUAUGUUGUGCGACCCUCGAUUACCAUCUCCCAUCAGUCACAUGGAUCCCGUAGACGGUGACACGUUGGAUAUGGACAUGAUAGCAUGAUAUAAUACCUAGUCCCUCUCAUCCUUACCUUCAGAACUGGUAUUAUAGAAUUAUGAAAAUUUGUUGAUAUUCACAAAGUGGCAUCAUAUUUCAGCGUUACUAUCUACACAAUUACUAUUAACUGCCCAAUUCAUCAUAUGUGCUAAUGUGUACGAUACUGGCCACUUCUUCAUUUCUCGCAAUACACUAGAUAUUUUUAUCGCAACGUCCCGUACCAUUAAAUGAAAUGUCCUCGUAUAUUUAUGACAAUAAUAAUUAAUGUCUGAGGCGUAAUUGUUCGGGUAGUAAUCGUUACAAUCGAACAUGGAAGUCUUUCUUGUCCAAAUUUGGAUAAACUAACAAAGAGACCAACAAAGUAGACUGAUAUGCAACAAAAAUUUGUAUAACAAAUUUUAAAUUAAAAAAGAAAGCUUUAUACGUAUUAGUAUUUUUUUAUUAUUAUUUUUGAUCAAAAAUUCCGAAUCCGGAACACGCAAAUGAUCCGGGUUUGGCGAUGACAAUUUCAUUCAUUAUGCCUUCAGUAGACGGAUUAGUGUUCGAAAUGUUAUUGUCAUGUUUACGAGAUUAUAUUAUUACCUAUAUUAGUAAGUUUUUGUUUGUUUGUUAUGCAAUUAGUGCAAUGUAUUUAGCCAAACUAGUGUGUAUUACAUAUGAUUGGACAUUAGUUUGUGUAACCGUCAGUUAGUGUUAGCGAAAUGGUUUUCAUUCUGAUUUUAUUUAAUGCAUCGUUCGUGUAUAGGUACUACAGGGUGUCUCGUCAAAGAUUCAUGCUUAUGACUAUAGCGCCAUCAGUAUUUUUUAAUUUAGAAUAUAUGGUGGGUAUGGAAAAGAAAAAAGGAAACCAAUUUCCUGACGAUAUUGCCUAGAUAUUAAUUUUACGAACUUAUAGCAAUUUUGGAAAUUGUUCCAACUUGAUUUAUAGAUAAGUUAUUUUGGAACUUAAAAGUUUAUACCUCGGCGUGCCGCUUGUUUUAUACAGAUAGAAAAUGUGCAUAAUAAUUGGCCUAAGGUUCUGCCAUCAAUCACAAAUUAAUAUUGUAAUGGCUACAUACUCCGUUCUGUAUGUACUGUCCAGCCUUAAUUUAUAAUUAAAAAUUAUACACAACUGAACAAAUUGACAAGAGAACUGAUCCUGUAGGGGUAACUAAUCUUAAAUAGACACGCUGUAUACGCUCUAGCAACCAGAUUAUGUAAACCAUUUCGCUUGACCUAGAUGUGUAGAUUACAAGGUUUUAAAAUAUUGUUUAUAUUUUAUUCCAACUUGUAUCUAUUAUUUUUUAACUUCUAGAAAAGCCUCAGCGGCAUUUUGUAUAGAUCUACUAUAUUUUUGUAAAGCUACAUCAAAAUUUUGUCUCAACACCAGCAAUAGACAGAUGGCAGUUACUCUCAAUGCCAAAUCUUAAUACCACUUCAUUUAGUACCUGCGGUCUAACGUAAAAUUGAAAAUGAAUGACACCAUAUAUAGUUGAAAUUUGUUAUUAAAGUGAACUUUUUUUAGUAUUCCGGUUAGUAUUAACAUUGUGAUAACAGAUUUCAAAAAAUGAUCAUCUGAAACCUACUUAUAAACAAGUUACCUGUGUUACCAAGAAUUAUCUAUAUACUAUUUAAG